AUCUCUCAGGGCUUCCUGGGGUUCAGAGCAGAGUAGUAAGGUCUUCUCUACCCACCCUACCUAGACCUGACCAUGCAGUUCACAAACCACAGCCAUCAGAACCCAAACUCUUUUCUGCUCAUGGGAAUUCCUGGCCUGGAGGCAUCCCACUUUUGGAUUGCAUUUCCCUUCUGCUCCAUGUAUACCCUGGCAGUGCUUGGCAACAUGGCAGUGCUACUGGUAGUGCGAUCAGAGCCUGCCCUGCACCAGCCCAUGUACCUGUUCCUGUGCAUGCUGUCCAUCAUUGACCUGGUACUAUGUACUUCUACUGUGCCCAAGCUUCUUGCUCUUUUUUGGACAAAUGCUACUGAAAUCAAAUUUGGGGCCUGUGCUACUCAGAUGUUCUUUAUCCAUGGCUUUUCAGCUGUCGAAUCUGGUAUCCUGCUAGCAAUGGCCUUUGACCGCUACUUGGCCAUCUGCCGGCCACUGCACUAUGGGUCAUUGUUGCCCCCAGAGGCUGUGGGCAAGCUGGCAGCUGCUGCUGUGUUUCGUGGCUUAGGGCUCAUGACCCCACUCACCUGUUUACUGGCAAGACUGAGCUACUGUAGCCGAGUGGUGGCCCACUCCUACUGUGAGCAUAUGGCUGUGGUAAAGCUGGCUUGUGGGGGCACACGGCCAAACAACAUAUAUGGCAUCACUGCUGCCACACUGGUGGUGGGCACAGACUCCAUUUGCAUCGCUGUCUCCUAUGCACUCAUCCUCCGGGCUGUGUUAGGCCUUUCUUCCAAAGAGGCAAGGGCUAAGACAUUUGGCACUUGUGGCUCCCACCUUGGUGUCAUCCUUCUCUUCUAUACACCAGGACUCUUUUCAUUCUACACACAGCGCUUUGGCCAGCAUGUACCCCGGCACAUCCACAUCCUCCUGGCUGACCUCUACCUUGUUGUACCACCCAUGCUAAAUCCCAUCAUCUAUGGCUUGAAGACCAAACAGAUCUGGGAUGGAGCCCUCCGACUGAUGAAGCAGGGCAUUGUUCAGUCUUAA